AUGAGGCACUGCCGCGAAAUUUAUGAGCACAACGAACGCUAUAAAAAGGGCCUGGAAACCUUCGAAAUGGGGAUCAACCAGUUUGCAGACACCACUGCGGUAGUGGAGAGUCAAUACGUGCUGCAGACGAGAAACAAACUGACCGUCCUGAGCGAGCAGGGUCUGCUCGACUGCGAAACUAGCUCCGAGGGCUGCAGCGGUGGAUCGACAUUCAAUGCUGUGGAAUUCGUGAUGAAGCACGGAAUAGCACGCGAGGAAGACUACCCUUACACGCACGUCCAAGGAGUGUGCCAGUGCAAAGAGAAGGGUUGCUCCGAUCACCCAAAGAUCCUAAAGAUUCUCCAGCUAAGAUCGAAAAGUGAGGAGGAGCUGAAGAUGGUCGUCGCCUUCCUCGGACCCGUCGCUUUUAAUUUUGACGGCGGAAUGAACACUUUCCUCUAUUACAAUGGGGGCGUUUACUCGAAAUCCAACUGCAGAGCACAUUAUCAAUUUCACAGCAUGGUGAUUGUUGGCUACGGAACGGAAAACGGCCAAGAUUAUUGGCUAGCCAAAAACUCGUGGGGUCAUAAUUGGGGCGAAAAAGGUUACAUUAGAAUAGCACGCAACAAGAACAAUUACUGUGGCAUCGCUAAUAAUGUUUUUCUGCCUAUGUACAAGACAAGACGACCCUGGUAAUUUUUAAUCAAAUAA